ACAGUUUAACUUAUAAUGAACUGGAAAGCAAAUAAAUUAAGGAACUUGUUGGCGUUAGUUGCUGUCACGUUACCGGCAAGUUGUGUCGCCAAUAACACAAUGACGAAGAAUUUAAAAGUUUUGGUUUCGUCCAACGAUUUUCCCGCCAGCGGGCUCAAGGUUUUGGAGGAACAUUUCACAGUUGUCCAGACGAAAUACCUCAACUUUGGAGAAGAAGGCAAGACCCAGACUAAAGAAGACCUCCUGAAGCUCAUCCCCGGAUGUUCAGCCCUGGUAUGGCUCUCACACCAUCCCAUCACCAAAGAACUAUUGGACAGAGCUGGUCCCCAACUGAAGCUGGUCGCGACAGUCUCAGCUGGAUACAACCACUGCAACUUGGAUGAGCUCAAAGCGAGAGGCAUCAAGUUAUCCAACACCCCUAAUGUAUUGGCGUCAGCUGUCGCGGAGAUUGCCGUGGGUCUCAUGCUGGGAGCAGCCAGGAGAUUUACUGAGAACCUGGACCAAGUGCGCAGAGGAGAAUGGGAGACAGGUUUCGACAAGGUCCUUGGCCAGGACAUUCGUGGCAGCACCGUGGGUAUCAUUGGCUUGGGAGGCAUCGGCCAGGCUGUAGUCAAGCGUCUCGCUGGCUUUGAAGUCAGCAAGUUUGUUUACACCGGUCACAGGGAGAAACCUGAAGCCAAGGCUUUGGGCGCAGAAUUCGUAACUCAGGACCAACUGUUGGCCCAAAGUGACUUCAUAGUGCUAGCAGUGCCACUGACCAAUGAGACUAAACAUAUGAUCAACAAGGAAACUAUUGGUAAAAUGAAGAGCAAUGCUAUCGUCGUCAACGUUGGGCGUGGAGACCUGGUUGACCAAGAAGCCUUGUACGAUGCGCUGAAGAACAAGCAGAUCUACGCUGCAGGACUUGACGUCACCACGCCCGAACCUCUGCCGAAAGACCACAAGCUACUCACGCUACCCAACUUCUUCUUACUCCCACACAUCGGCAGCGCAACAGUGCGCACACGCAGUGAUAUGGCAGUACUGGCCGCUAACAACGUCGUCAACGCUCUGACAGGGAAACCUCUACUUACUCCUGUCAAUCUAUGAUCGGAUUCUCUAUGGUUUACCAUCGAAAGAGGUUUAUACCCUCCAAUGCCCAGGGUUUUCUGGCUCUAAACCAACCUUGUGAUAAUUAUCUUAAAUCAAGGCAAAUAAAUUAAUAUCAUAAUA